GGCGCAGACUGCGCGGGACGGCCGCGGUGCGGGGGGCUGUACCCAGGGUCCAGAUCGCCUAGUACCUUCCCAAUCGCGCUACGGGAACACAUAAUGUUACGCUAAUUAACAAUAAUACAUAGAAAAACAUUAAGUGAAUCCCAAAAGCUACAGUGACUGCUUUACUAUUUCCAAAGACAUCGUUUCAGUGCGUUAUUCAGUGUUUGUGUUGUGUCGCUUGGAAAAUGUUGCGUCGUAUUAGCAAUUGAAGUACGAUAAGUGAACGUGUAGAGCGUUGUAGUGUGGUGAAGCCAUGCUGCAACCAUUGAGGGUCAUAUCACGCGCGGAAGCAGCUCAAGUCACCUAGAUGGAGAUGCGACGCUUUCUGCGGCAGGCCCGAGCGGCCUUGGUGCCGGCUACGAUUGCCGUCCAAUUGACCCUUUUGGCAACUUGUUGGAUUUGCGUUCUCGCCGAUCAACCACCACCACCAGCGCCACAUCCCCGCCCGGGUAAUGGCACGGCGGAACCUCCGGACACGCGCUCCGCCAUCGGCCGCGUGCCACCGUACCAACCACCAGCAGGCGUGGCCGGGCCCAUACAGGUGCCCGGAUUCCGACCACACAGCCCUUACACAAGAGUUGACUCUUGGCACCCAAACGGUCGUAUACACGUGAAUCCUAAGGGAUCCUAUGUUGUCGCCGAAGACGAUCAAGAUACAGAUGAUGGCGGCUGCCACAUACCGUGCUCCAAAGAAUUUUUCUCGUGCCAGGCAUCCUGCAAAUGUAUACCGAUGGAGAAACGCUGCGACGGAAAAGUAGAGUGCGUCGAUGCUGAAGACGAAGCAGGCUGCACGCCGACUUGCGACGAGAACGAGAACCGCACCAUAUGCCACAGCACGAGCGUGUGUAUCGCACUCGACUGGCUGUGUGACGGAGACAACGACUGUGGGGAUUUCUCCGACGAAACUCAUUGUGGCACUUCAGUAAACUGCACAUCGGAGCAGUUCCAAUGCGCCAAUGGACUUUGCAUACACAACGACUGGAUGUGCGAUGGCGACAACGACUGCCGAGACAACUCCGAUGAAAACCACUGCCCCAAGGGGAAGUGCCGAGAAAAUCAAUUCACUUGUGGAUCUGGCGAGUGCCUGGCGCUUCACUGGCGUUGUGACAAGGAGGCCGACUGUCCUGACAACUCCGACGAGGCUGAAUGUCCCAUAGAUCUUCUACAAUGUGGUGAAAAUGAAAUCCAAUGCAAUAACAAAAAAUGCGUGCGCAAAGAUUUUCAAUGCGACGGUGACAAUGAUUGCGGUGACUGGACUGAUGAGGAUUCAUGCCCCAUUAUACCUGGAAGCUGUAAUUCUGCUGAAUUCAAGUGCAGCGAUGGUAAAUGCAUCCCCGACCGCUGGCGCUGUGAUAUGGAGCGCGACUGCGCCGAUGGUGACGAUGAGGCCAAUUGUGACUCCCACGGCAUGAGGAACUGUACUACCGACGAAUAUACUUGCGCUGACAAGCGUUGCAUAUCCAAAACCUGGCUCUGUGACGGAGUCCGCGACUGUACCAACGGCGAAGAUGAAUCAGAUUGCCAAAUAUUUUGCGAAAUGGACCAGUACAUGUGUAAGUCCAUCUUCAGCGACGCGUUUAGAAAUUGUGUCAAUAGAAAACAUGUGUGUGACGGUAUGAACGACUGCCCUCAAGGAGACGACGAAGAAAAGUGUCCUGUUAAGAGAAAAUGUGGAAAAGAAGACAAGUGCGAAAAGCAGUGUAUUACAACUUUCGAUGGCUUACCCGCUUGCUCUUGUCCUUUGGGUUACUUGUUAGCUGAGGAUGGUUACAGUUGCAAAGACAUCGAUGAGUGCAUGUACGAACAGGAUCCAGUUUGCUCUCAGACAUGUUCCAAUACCCAAGGCAGCUUCUAUUGUGGUUGUAUGACGGGUUACGUUCUUAGACCUGAUGGUAGAUCUUGUAAGGCCGUUGGAGAAUCACCCACACUUCUAUUUUCUAAUCGAAUUGGAAUUCGUGAGGUUUGGCUUACUGGAGACAACUACAUGUCAAUUGUUAAGGGACUGCAUAAUGCAGUGGCAUUAGAUUACCAUUACGAAAAAAAACUGGUGUUCUGGACUGAAAAUAAUAUGAGAGUCAUAAGGGUAGUUCGGUUGGAUAGUAACAACAUGUCGGAUGUAAUACGAUGGGGCUUGGAAACGCCAGGUGGUGUUGCAGUCGAUUGGAUUCAUGAUCUGCUAUUCUGGACUGAUUCUGGAACCAGAAGAGUAGAAGUGGCAACGUUAGAUGGAUCUCAGAGAGCUGUGCUGGCAGCCAGCGACGUGGAUAAGCCGAGAGCUGUUGCUGUUCAUCCUGGUGAUGCGCUGGUCUUUUGGACUGAUUGGGGUCCAAAUCCGAAGAUAGAGCGUGCAGACAUGGACGGAAAUAAUCGGAAGAGUGUUAUUGUUGAUCGAAUAUUCUGGCCUAACGGUUUGACUAUCGAUUACAUGGACUCCAAGAUAUACUGGGCAGAUGCUAAGCACCAUGUCAUUGAAAGGGCUACAUUUGAUGGUCGUGACAGAAAAAGGAUAACAAACAAAGGACUUCCCCACCCAUUCGCGCUAACAUUAUUCGAGGAUGCGAUAUACUGGACUGAUUGGCAUACCAAAAGCAUCUCUACUGUUAAUAAGAAGACUGGCAUGGGCAUACAGACAGUUCACGCAAGCCUACAUGUCCCUAUGGAUAUUCGGAGUUUUCACCCUCUACGCCAACUUCGUACGUACAAGAAUAGGUGCGGCGCUAACAAUGGUGGAUGUACGCACUUGUGCUUGCCCAAUUCCAGUGGGUUCUCAUGCCGUUGUCCUGUUGGAUUCAAUCUCAAUAGUGAUGGUCGAACCUGUGAACAGACACCAGAAAAACUGUUGCUUUAUGCUCGACGAAAGGACAUAAGACUGAAACAACUCAAUCCACGGAAGCAAAUGGAAUCCUUAGAUAUGGUGAUUCCCGUGGACAACAUCAAAUCAGCUGUAGCUCUCGACUGGGAUCACAAUAGUAACUCGAUAUUUUGGACUGACGUUGAAAAAGAUACUAUUAACAAGGCUUACUUGAACGGAUCUCAUCAGACUGUUAUCGUUGGAUCGAAUUUAAUUUCACCAGCUGGUUUGGCUUAUGAUUGGCUAACAGACAAGCUUUACUGGACGGAUGCCGGAACUAACCGAAUCGAGGUUGCCAACGCUAACGGUACCAUGAGAACUUUGUUAGCUUGGGAGAACAUUGAUAAACCUAGGGAUAUUGUACUUGAUCCUAAAGGUGGCGUAAUGUAUUGGUCUGACUGGGGCUCAACACCUUGUAUUGAGCGUGCUGAUAUGGAUGGAGGUAACCGCAAACGCCUCAUCUUUGGCGACAUGACUUGGCCCAAUGGUCUAGCCCUCGACUUACUUAACAACCGCAUUUACUGGACGGACGGUGGUAAUCGCACUAUCGAAUACGCCAACCUUGACGGCACAGGGCGAAAUGUUUUGAUAGGUCAACAUCUUCCACAUCCGUUUGGACUGGACUUAUACGGGGAGGAAGUAUUCUGGACUGACUGGGACACACAAUCGAUUCAAGCAGCAAACAAGUUUACGGGUCGAAAUCGACGUACCUUAGGUGCUGAAGUUGAAGGUCUAAUGGAUGUCAGAGUAUUUCACAAAGAAAGGCGAGGCGGCACUAACAGAUGCAGCAAGAAUAAUGGUGGAUGCUCUCAUCUGUGUCUUCUAAAACCAGAGGGACGGUCUUGCGCUUGCCCAAUCGGAAUCAAACUAAGUAAGGAUGGAAGGACUUGCACAAAUGGUCCUAUUAAUUUCUUGAUAUUUGCUCAUCGCGUAGACAUAAGAAUAGUGUCGCUAGAUGUACCCUACUUAGUUGAUGUUGUUUUACCACUGCCAUCAUUAAAGAACGCACUAGGCGUAGACGUUGAUCAGAAAACAGGUCUUAUUUAUUGGACUGAUACUGGAGAGCGAAAAAUUAAACGAGCAAAUAAGGAAGGUAAAGAAAACGAAACUAUAAUUGGACGGGGUCUCCAUACAGCUGAUGGUAUCGCUAUAGACUCUGCAGGGAGAAAGAUCUACUGGACCGAUGGUGGCAGGAAUAGCAUUGAGGUGGCAGAAUUAGACGGAAGGAAUAGAAAAGUUCUGGUAUGGACUGGUUUAGAUUCUCCAAGAGCCAUAGCUUUACACUAUGAAAAUGGAUUUAUGUUUUGGUCUGAUUGGGGAACGUCCGCUAAAAUUGAGAGAGCUGAUAUGGACGGCAAAAACAGACGAAUCAUUGUUGAUAAUAACAUCAAAUGGCCAAAUGGACUUGCUAUUGAUCGAAUUGAAAGUCGCCUUUAUUGGAACGACGCUAAAAUGUAUACCAUAGAGAGUUCUGAUUUCAACGGCAACGAUCGUCGCAUUCUCCUCAGCCAAGUCCCGUAUCCUUACGGCAUUGUUAUAGUUGGACAACAUAUCUAUUGGACUGAUUGGAAAACAAAAGCUCUUCAUAGAGCUGAUAAAUCGAAUGGAAAGGAGCAAAUGACGAUUAGAGAGAACCUUGAAGGACUUAUGGAUAUAAGAGCUAUUCAGGGUGAUCAUGUAUUAGAGAACGCAUGUGGAACAAAUAACGGUGGUUGCAGUCAUCUUUGUCUAAGAUCACCCCAUGGGUAUUCAUGCGCAUGCCCCACAGGCUUAUUAUUUGAAAACGAAACCGAACCUUUUCCAAAAAUCUGCAAACAGCAUCCUGAUAAUUUCCUAGUGUUUGCUGCCCGAGGAAACAUUGCGCUGAUAUCUUUGGACACACCUGAGCAGUGGGAUAUAACUCUACCAAUAAAGGAUAUCCAAAAUUCUGUGGCAGUAGAUUUUCAUUGGGAGAAAAGGCUCAUAUUCUUUACAGAUGUUAAUAACAAUGAAAUCAGAUCUAUUAACAUGGAAAAUAUGAGCGAAACUAAUGUGAUAGUAAAUACAGGACUCGAUACACCAAACGGUCUUGGCGUCGAUUGGGUUGCAAAUAAUAUUUAUUGGACUGAUAAUGAUUUUAAGGUUGUAGAAGUAGCGAGAUUAGACGGAUCAUCGAGAAAGACGCUAAUAACAGGAUUGACUGAACCUAGAGCACUUGCUUUGUUCCCUGCCAAAGGGUACUUGUACUGGAGUGAUUGGGGUGAAAGUCCUAACAUCGAACGAGCUGUUUUAGAUGGUAGCCAAAGGAAAAUUAUUGUGAAUCAGGAUUUAGGGUUUCCUAACGGAAUCACGAUAGACUACAAAGAGCGAAGGCUUUAUUGGACUGACGCUUUGAAAGAUAGGAUUGAUACGGCAGAUUUAAAUGGACAGCAUAGAGUGCAACUUAUUCCAGAGGCUAAAAAUCCAUUUGGGAUGACUCAGUUUAAGCAGUUCAUAUACUGGACGGACUGGUACAAAAAGUCAGUAAUUCGCGCCGACAAAGACUCGGGCAAGAACAUCACCGCAAUACGGACGGAUUUGGAAAUGGUCAUGGAGAUAAAAGCUGUAUCUUCAGAGAAACAACACGGUUGGAAUCCAUGCAAGGAGGAUAACGGAGGAUGUUCUCAUCUGUGUCUAUUUAGGGGGCAUGAUUACGUUUGCGCUUGUCCUGAUGCCUUUGAUGAUAGAACUUGUGUAUCAACUCCAAAAUUGCGCGUCGGAUUGAGAAUGCCAGCACAUUACCCGUCAUUUUACGAUUAUGUGGAUAGUGCUGUCGGGAGCACAAAACAGCCUACACGCACGCAAGCACCAAAAGCAAACUUUGGUGUUAUUGUUGUUGGUGUGAUGGUAGGAUUUUUCAUAGCCGUCUGCCUCUUGGCGGUCGGUUUUUUCUGCUUAGUCAAAAUACGUAGGGCACGUCGAGGAGAACUGAAGGAGAACUACCGAGAUACCACGGGCCACAUUUCAUUCCAUAACCCAAACUACAGCUGUACGACUACACCAGGGGAACCGCUGGAGAGGCGACAAACUCGAUUCCAGGGCAUAUUCAAAUAUGACAAAAGCCAGGGUCGCGUAACGAAUGUGUACAUCCCGGAGGGGACGAGCCUGUUGCCGCCACCCCCGCCUCCGCCCCCUCCCCCGCCGCACCGACGCCCGCCUAAACCGGCGAACGAUGACUUCGAGCCCGUCACAUUGCAUCCAUUCGCUUGAAACCAAAACACGACACGACUUUUACGACGCGACAGCUACGAUACGGCCACGGAUUGGAAGACGUCAGACAUUCAUUCAAAGAAUUGUGGAAUACCUCAUACAUACUGUUAAAUCUCGGAUGUGUGAUUUCAAAAAGUUUACCCAUUGAGUGAAAGCCUCUCGUUUUCCAAUAGAUUCUUCGAGUUAGUGCUGGUAGCUAAUGGUAGAAGGCAUAGAGUAGAUAAAACAUCUACUAUUGUUAAUCAUUACAAAAUCUGAGUUGUUAGACAACACUGAUCCGGAGUUAGCGUAUAUUGUAAUAUCACAACAAUUGAAAUUCAUCACAAUUGAUAAUGACGACUAUUUGUGUUAGGUACCUUUUGUUUGUGUGUAUUGGACUACACAAAAUAAAAUUUUAUUCUACUGUAGGUACAUGAAGAAUUUUUUUAAGUCUCAAAAAACAAUGACUUCAUUAUUAUACAACAGGUACCUAGUUACACGAGGGACAAAUUAACCCAUUAUUAAAGUCAAUUCCAGGAAAUGAUACAUUUUGAUACCUAUUUAAUGUAACUAUAGAUAUAUAUCGUUACAUUAUUACACCUUAAUUGGUUAUUACUAAUAACAUUAUGAUUUAAAGUAAACUUAUAAUUAUCACAAAAUAUGUGUGGGUAGUCAUGAAAAUAAAUAACCAUAUUAUGACAUUAUAUCCGACACUUGAUUACAAUUAACUGUUACGUAUCUCAAAUAGUGUAGGUAGUUAUAGAAAAGUGAAAUCAGUACCUAUGUAAAUAUAUUAUAUCUUAUCGGUAAACGUUAUAUGAAUGUCUUAUUAAAAGUAUAACAGAGAUACCUAUUCAUUGUCCAAUAUUGAAAAUAUCCUACACAUACCUAUAAUACUUAAUAUCAGUUGGCAAUUUUUUCCUCAAGCCAAAUAAUAUAAUUAUUGAUCUUGCUGUCUUUGUUAGGGAAAUGACUUAUUAUUAUUAAUUUACCAUUAAUUUUUUUAAAGGUAUCAUAUGCCAUAAAAUUAAUGAUAAUAAACUAACACAUAUGGUAUAAAAUAGGUGUGUAAGGAAAUCUUUGUAUUAUUUUUAUAUCUGUCGACCUUCACUCGGCUUCCCGGGGCUCACGGGAAGCGGGCGAAGACGACCGUUGUUAGAGUGUAAUGUUAUAAUAACUUUAUAACAAUUAUAUAGAUUUAAGGGGUUGGGGGUGAAAGGAAUAUUAUUUUUACUUAAGCUAAUGUGUGGAUGGUAUCCCCACCUCUUUACUUCAGUCAGUGUUCCGUUGCUGAAAUAUAAAAUUAAGUUUAGUUCUAUAUGUGAUUAGAAAACGAAAAUUAAAGCUCUUAGAGUUAAUUCACCACGAUCAUUGGUGACAAUAAAAUAUAUCAAUGUAAAUAAUUAAUUAGUACUAAUCAUGACUUUUUGUCUGACAGAGUGUAUAUAAUAGUUUAUUUUUAUCACGUUGAAGUGAAUAUUGUUUUAUUUCGCUUUUAACGUAACCUAAAUCGUGGGCUGCCCCGUACAAUGGUCGCCUCAUAUCAUCAUGAUUGGUUUAAUAGGUUAAUCUAGAUAAUUAUGUACCUAUAUCUGUUUAUUUGAUGUUACUAAAUAAGUAAUUUAUGUUACAGAAUCUGAUGUAAAGAUCAUCGGCAUAUAAUAUGUAUAGGUUUAAAUUGAUAUUUAAUUUUCGAUUUCACAAAAAAUCAUUGUCGCUACCAGGCGGCGUACAUGUCACAGGGUUUUUAUAUCUAAGGUAGAUUAGAACGAGAAUCAAUGGGUAAAGUCUACCGACGAUAAAUAUGAUUUACAACGCACAUAAAAUUAUUUUAAUAAUAUUAUGCUCGUUUUUAUAUAUAUCCCGCAUAGUUUUUGCAUGCUCAAUAGAUUUAAAUAAACUGAGAUCUUAUUGUGUUAGAAUUUUAAGUUAGGAUAAUAUUAGACCGUUCUGAACUCUGAAACAAUAUUAAAGUUCGGUUUCGGGAUGAAUACAUUUAUUGAGAAUCAAAUUCUCUUGGGAUUUUUUUUACAAGAAAGAUUGUUUGAAUGGACGCGAGCACAAAUAAAUAGAUAAAUAUCAUAAAAAUAAAAUAUCCAUUUUCAAUUCUAUUUGAUGUGUCAUAAUUUUGUUGUUAACUUCAUAGUUUAUAGGCAAUGCAAAUCUUGAGAUAGUUAAGCACUGUUCUAAAUAUUAUAUAAAUAUUUUGCAUUUAGGUACCUAGGGUACAUUUAAGAUUUAUUAUGGUUUCAAUAAUUAUACGUAUUUAUUUAUUAAUGAAACCGUAAAGUACAUACUGGUAAUUCAUGUUUUGAUAUCGUUUCAACAAGUCCUAAAAAUAAUAUAAUAUGUAGAUUGUAGGUACGUGCCUACAAUUUAAUAUUUUAAAAAUUGUUAAUAUACAACAUACAAAUGACUCGUGUGCAUUAGAUUUUUGCUACACCUGAAUACAACGUACACAGCGAGUCAGCUUAAACUGAAACUAUAUGUGCACCUAGGUACUCUAUUCAAAGACUUGGCCGAUAUUUAUGACUUUUUUAAAUGAAUGCGAAUAGCAGCAAUUAUAAAGUAAAUGUUCCCACAAAGCUGUAGAUUUCUAAAUAUAAUAUCGUUGGAAGACACUCCCUAAAUGGCUCCUAUUAACGAUGAUAAAUCUCAGUAAUUGUGAUCUAAAUUAUUACUUUAUGACUAUCAUCAUUUUUACGAUUUACUAAUACUUACAUAAAUAAUAAAAUAAUAUAUACCCUUUAUAAACUAUAGAAGUUAGUGAAAAAGUUUCAGAAGAGGUUCGUGUUACUCAAAUAUAUAGGUAAAUAUGUUUGGAAAAGGCAGAACUACUUAAAAUUACUUACAUCGAUUACAUGAGAGGUCCCUUGUUAACAGGAGCCCCUAGGGCUGGCGAAGUAAAGAGGAUUGUCAUGGAAAGUUUUAUAUGAAGUUUCAUCUUAGUUAUAGGAUAGUUAUUGUUAUCAAAUAAACAGAUUGUCUUUAUUUACCUCAGAAAAUUACAACAUGUAUAAUUGUAAAUAAUAUAAAAAUUGAUUGAUUACUCAUCCGUAUGAACAAACCACUACCUCUUCAAAUCGAUUUAACAGAUAUCAUUCGUUGAAAUAGUGAAAGAUUUUACUUAGGCGAAUUUUAAUUUUCAAAUCUAUGAAGAUAGCAGGCGAGAUUAAAUUAUUUUAUUAUUUAUUUAUUAUUAUUAUAUAGCCUUUAAAUACAGAUAUUAUACCUAGUAAGACAUAAAUAACAAUAGCUGCAGCCUGUUUUAGUGGUUUAUUAUGCGGAUGAAUCUUAACAAAAAAAAACAACUUCACUGAAUCGAAAACUUCCGAUAUUUUAUUUUUACUAAUAGUAGUUAGUAAGGGCAAGAACGUUGAGUGCUGUGAUAAAGAUGCUUUGGAUAUUGAGUGGAUAAUAAAUGGCAAUUUUUUAAUAUUUUUAAAUUACUUUUUCCACAAGGGAUUCGAGUGUUUUCAGAUCUGAUGUAAGGUGCUAAAAACGCACACGUUUAUUUAUUAGACUAACUUUUCGUUUUACAUUUUUAAAAAUAACUUUAUUUUUAAGUAAUAUAAGUACAGUGCCAAUCGUGUAUUUAAUUCUUUUUUAAUAUUUUUUUCCAUAAUAUUAAUAUAAUAUUUAUUAAAUAUAUGACGAUAUUUAUAAGGUAACAUAGACAAACAGCUUUUACACCUUUCGCCUCCUUUAAAAUGAGGUGUCAAAACUGUUGGCAGAUUUAUUAUUGUACUGAAAUUUAAAAUAGAAAUUAUUCGAAUAA